GUAGUGCUUCCUGGGUCAGCAGGGCCGGUAAGAUGGCGGCGGACACGCAGGUACAGGACACCCUGAAGAAAUUUGCAUCAAAGGUCACAACCUCAAGUGUGAAGGAACGGAAAGAGAUUUUGAAUGAAUUGAAACUAUGUAUUUCUUCUAAAGAUCUGCCAGAGGCUGCCGUUAAAGGUCUCUCCAAGUUAUUCUGCCUAACGCUGCACCGAUACAGAGAUGCAGGGUCUCGUCGAGCUCUUCAGUCUGUUAUCCAACAGCUGGUGGAAUCCCAGCCAGAUUCUACUGCCAAGAACAUCCUGCAGUCUCUUCAGACGUCUGGAGUAGGAAACAAGAAUGUAGAACCCAGCAAAAGCAGCAGCUCAGCAGCAGCCUUGGCCUUGUCAUGGACCUCCGUCAUUGCCAGGGUCGUAUUUUCCAUCCCUGACAAGCAAGAAGGGGAGACAUGGAAAAAAUUGGUUGAGUGCCAGUCAUUCCUAUUGAUGGAUGUACUAGGAGGCUCACACAGGCAUGCCGUGCUAGGUUCUUCAAAGAAGAUGAACACAUUAUGGAAGGAGAAUCCCGGCCUUGUGUCUAAAUAUCUGGAUGCACUUUUCAGCCUUGAACCCAACCAGAAAUACGCUGGCAUGCUUGGCCUUGCUGUCCAGUUUUGUGUGAAGCACAACGAGGUGGCCACUCUGAAUAAGUACAGGAGUAAUCUUCUAGAUUUCUACGUCAAAACGGUUCUGAUGAGUAAGGUGAAACCGCCAAACUACAUACAGGAGAGUUGCACCCCCCUUCUGCAACGUCUGUCACACGACGAAUUUAAAGAACAAGUCUUACCCGUGCUACAAAAGUCUCUCCUACGUAGUCCUGAAAAUGUGAUUGAAACUAUUUCCUCCCUUUGUGCUUCUGUGACUCUUGAUCUGAGCCAGUAUGCCCUUGACAUUGGUAAAGGCUUGGCUGGGCAAUUGAAAUCUAACAACCCACAACUUAUGGAUGGAGCUGUGGUGGCUUUGCAGAACCUGGCCCACCAGUGCAGUGACCCAGCUGCUGUUGAAGCCUUGGAAAGGCAUUUGUUUGCGAUCCUAGGAGGUUCAGAAGGAAAGCUUUCAGCUGUGGCUCAGAAGAUGAGCGUUCUUUCAGGGAUUGGUGCUCUAAGUCGCCAUGUUGUUUCCGGCACCUCAAGUCAGGAGCUGAGCGGGACAAUUUCAGAAUUAUUUAUUCCUUUUCUUCAGCAGGAAGUUCAUGAAGGAACUCUUAUUCAUGCGGUUUCGGAGCUUGCUCUGUGGUGCCAGAAGUUCACUACUGAAGUUCCUAAGAAGCUCAUAGAAUGGUUUCAGAAAGCUGCUUCUCUCAAGACCAGCACCUCUGGAGUGAGGCAUGCAUAUUGCCAGUGCAUGCUGGUAUCGUUCAAGGGGGAUACACUGGGGCAAGCUCUGGGACUUUUACCCCUUUUGAUUCAAACUGUGGAGAAGGCGGCAGCACAAAGUGCACAAGUAUCCAUAUUAACAGAAGCCCUGGCUGCGGCUGUGCUUGUUUGUCGGAUUUCUGUCACUGAAAGUCAAGUUGAAAACAAGCUGAACAACUUUUGGCAAUUGCUGUCUGAUGACAAGAGACAGAUCUUCACUUCUGAUAAGUUUAUUUCCGCAGCAACUGAGGAGUGUCUUUGCACACUUUUGCAGUUAUGUGAGAGGCUUCUUCUAGACCACAUCCACAGGUUACCUGACAACCGCGCUCAACCAUACUACCAUGCUUUGAUUCUUGUCCUGCUGUCUCGCUCAUGGAAAGUACGGAAGCAGUGUCAACAAACCAUCAAGAAGCUGCUGGCCUCUCUUGGGGGUACCAAACUGUUGCAUGGCCUCUUGCCUGAGCUGAAGGUUGUCCUAAAUUCAAACAAGCUGGUACCAGUUGAUAAUUCAGUCACAGAUUCUGAGGAAGUAGCAGAGCCUGGAAAAUGUAACAUCUCACCAAGGGUCCUCCAGGAAGCCAUUCAUGCUCUUACAUGUGUCCCAGGGUUAGAGGCUGACUCUGUAGAAGCAGAAAAUCUGGCACAGGAGCUUCUGGUGCUGGCUAAUCACCAAUUUCUUGCCUCCUCAUACAGGGACCUGUGGGUGGACCUUAUGUACAAACUGAAGAUUGACCCUGCUGAGUUCAUAAACAAGAGAUUUGAUGAUUUUCUACCUGUAAUCACGUCUAAUACUACUAGUGACCAGGCUGUCCUCAACGCAGCCGGUGCACUGUCUCGCAUUUCUCCAGACCGAGUACUUCCCAGACUUAUAGGUAUUAUAACGGAAUCCCUGCAAAAUCCUACUCUGUGUCAAGUUACCCGAGAAGAGUAUGCUAUAAUGCGGACCCCUGAGGGAGAGCUGUAUGACAAAUCUAUUUUACAUAGUGCUCAACAGGAAAGUUUAAAAAAGGGAAAUAUGAAGAGAGAGAAUAAAGCUUACUCAUUCAAGGAACAAAUAAUUGAGCUGGAGCUAAAAGAGGAGAUAAAAAAGAAGAAAGGCAUAAAGGAAGAACUUCAGCUAACAAGUAAACAGAAGGAAAUGCUUCAGGCUCAGAUGGAAAGAGAGAGUCAAAUCCGGAAGAGACUAAAGGAGUUGGAUGUGGAGCUUGAAAACGCGAUUAGGCUCCUGGACUGUAUCAUUCAGCAGAACUCCUCUGGGCUUUCUCAGCACAUCCCGACACUGACCAGCAGCUUAUUGCCUUUACUCAAGUCUCCACUGGCUGCCUUCCGGAUACAUGUACUCUUUGUGCAGUUAGCUGGCUGUGUCAUGCCAGCCCAUUUAAAAACAUUUGGAAAAUUGCUUGCCCACAUUACUCUACGCUUGUUGAAACCAGAAUGUAAUCUGGAUCCUGCCUGGUGCCAGGAAGAAUUGCCAGUAGCUGUGAAGAGAGCAGUAAACCUUCUAUACGCUUAUACAGUCCCCAAGCGGAAGGAUGACCCAGGGACAAAUCCUCUGUCUGCACCAGCAUUUUCCAUCGUUUUCCCUCUCCUGAAAAUGGUUCUAAUGGAGACCACCAAUAACAGUGAAGAUAAUGAAGAACUUCUAGUAGAAACAUUGCAUAUUAUCACUGUUCAUUGCCAACUUCGGUCUUCCCAGAAUAAGGCUAAACUUAUUGAUGAGAAUGGUCCGGAGUUGCUGCCUCGCACAGAUAUGUUACUGUUAUUAACUAGAGUGAUAGGAACUGCCACCCCAAGGUUGCAAGUCCUGGCUUCCAAUGCCCUGACAUCACUGUGCUCAAGCAGCGGCGGAGGAGGAGGAUGUACAUAUGCAGAGCAGGACGAAAUUGAUGUUUUACUUGCAGCUUUGCAGUCUUCCUGCUCAAACGUGCGAGAUGCUGCUCUGCGGGGGUUAAUGGAACUUGAAAUGGUGUUACCAAUGCCAGACACAGAUGAGGUGAAUGGACUGGCCUUGUUGCACAGGCUCUUGGUGAUGAAGUUUGAUGUUGAGGCAGAAAUAAAAGCACAAGCUGAAAGAUUUUGGGAAGAACUGGACUUGAAAUUACAAGCAGGCCUCUGUUCCUUACUAAUUAAAGAUGUAAUUCAUCAUGAAGAAGCAGUACGACAGGCCGGCGCUGAGGCGCUUUCUCAUGCUGUGGCUGCGUAUCGUAAUCAGGCCUCAGAGGCUAUGAAUAAGCUGAUUCAGCUGUAUCAUGAGAAGCUUUAUAGACCACCUCCUGUGCUUGAUGCUUUGGGAAGAGUCAUUUCGGAGUCUCCUCCUGACCAAUUUGAAGCAAGGUGUGGAGUAGCUCUAGCAACGAACCAGCUGGCUCAGUAUCUAGACAGUUCCCAAAUUAAGCCACUCUUCCAGUUCUUUGUUCCUGAUGCUCUUAAUGAUCGACACCCUGAUGUGAGAAAAUGUAUGCUGGACGCUGCGUUGUCUGCACUAAACACACAUGGAAAGGAUAGCGUUGGCUCUUUAUUGCCUGUGUUUGAGGAGUUUUUGAAAAACGCUCCAAAUGAUGCCUGCUAUGAUGCUGUCAGACAAAGCGUUGUCAUUCUUAUGGGUUCACUGGCAAAGCACUUGGACAAAAAUGAUCCUAAAGUUAAGCCAAUUGUGGCCAAACUAAUAGCUGCACUCUCUACUCCUUCACAACAGGUUCAGGAAUCUGUAGCCAGCUGUCUGCCACCUCUAGUACCAGCUAUCAAGGAGGACGCUGGUAGUAUGAUCCAGAACCUUAUGACCCUUCUUCUAGAGUCUGAUAAAUAUGCAGAACGUAAAGGUGCGGCUUAUGGUCUUGCGGGGCUAGUAAAGGGAUUAGGUAUUCUUUCCCUGAAGCAGCAGGAAAUGAUGACCACCCUAACAGAGGCUAUUCAAGAUAAAAAGAAUUUCCGGCGUCGGGAGGGGGCGUUGUUUGCCUUUGAGAUGCUCUGCAAUAUGCUUGGUAAACUAUUUGAGCCAUACGUGGUUCAUGUGUUGCCUCAUCUCCUGCUGUGCUUUGGUGAUGGAAACCAGUAUGUGCGAGAGGCUGCUGAUGAAUGUGCUAAGGCAGUGAUGAGUAAUCUCAGUGCCCACGGUGUAAAGCUUGUAUUACCGUCACUCCUGGUGGCUCUUGAGGAAGAAUCCUGGAGAACCAAAGCUGGAUCAAUUGAGUUAUUAGGAGCAAUGGCAUACUGUGCUCCAAAGCAGUUGUCAUCUUGUCUUCCAAAUAUUGUGCCCAAACUUACUGAAGUACUCACAGAUUCUCAUGUAAAGGUGCAGAAAGCGGGUCAACAAGCCUUGCGCCAGAUUGGCUCAGUAGUUCGUAACCCAGAAAUUCUAGCAAUCUGUCCAGUAUUGUUGGAUGCACUUACAGAUCCCUCAAGAAUGACACAGAAGUGCCUGCAAACCUUGCUUGAUACAAAAUUUGUACAUUUUAUUGAUGCUCCUUCUUUAGCCUUGAUUAUGCCCAUAGUCCAGCGGGCAUUCCAGGAUCGCUCUACAGAUACUAGGAAAAUGGCUGCCCAGAUUAUUGGAAACAUGUACUCGCUUACUGAUCAGAAGGAUCUGGCUCCUUACCUCCCAAGUGUCGUACCUGGACUUAAGGCUUCUUUGAUCGACCCUGUUCCUGAAGUUCGAACUGUGGCUGCUAAGGCAUUGGGUGCAAUGGUGAAGGGAACAGGGGAAUCCUGCUUCCAGGAUUUGUUGCCUUGGCUGAUGGACACUUUAGCAUCUGACUACAGCUCGGUGGAUCGUUCUGGUGCAGCUCAAGGUCUUUCAGAAGUGAUGGCCGGUUUAGGUGUUGAGAAACUUGACAAACUGAUGCCUGAAAUUGUAUCGACAGCCAGCAAAGUAGACAUUGCUCCCCAUGUCCGAGAUGGUUAUAUUAUGAUGUUUAUUUAUCUGCCUAUUACUUUUGGUGACAAAUUCACACCAUACGUUGGGCCCAUCAUACCCUGUAUUCUAAAGGCCCUGGCUGAUGAAAAUGAGUUUGUACGUGACACAGCUCUGCGCGCGGGUCAAAGAGUAAUCAGCAUGUAUGCAGAGACAGCUAUCGCUCUCUUCCUGCCGCAGUUGGAGCAGGGCCUGUUUGAUGAUCUGUGGAGAAUAAGGUUUAGCUCUGUUCAACUUCUCGGUGACCUUCUAUUUCAUAUAUCUGGUGUGACUGGAAAAAUGACUACAGAAACUGCCUCUGAAGAUGACAACUUUGGGACAGCUCACUCCACAAAGCUAAUCAUUUCGGCCCUUGGAGGCGAAAGGAGAAACCGCGUCCUUGCCGGAUUGUACAUGGGACGCUCAGAUACACAGCUAGUUGUUCGUCAGGCUUCUUUGCACGUUUGGAAGAUUGUUGUUUCAAACACACCACGCACACUCAGAGAAAUUCUGCCUACUCUCUUCACAUUACUGCUAGGAUUUCUAGCCAGCACUUGUGCAGACAAGAGAACGAUUGCAGCCAGAACACUUGGAGACCUUGCCCGAAAACUUGGGGAGAAAAUACUUCCAGAGAUAAUUCCAAUUUUGGAAAAUGGUCUUAAAUCUGACAAGAGUGAUGAAAGGCAGGGUGUAUGUAUAGGCUUAAGCGAGAUAAUGAAAUCAACAAGCAGGGAUGCGGUGCUCUUUUUCUCGGAGUCCCUUUUCCCAACUGUGAGAAAAGCAUUAUGUGAUCCCCUUGAAGAAGUCAGAGAGGCUGCAGCCAAAACUUUUGAGCAGUUACACUCUACCAUUGGUCACCAAGCCCUGGAGGACAUUCUGCCAUAUUUACUGGAUCAAUUGGAAAAUGAAGAAAUGUCAGACUUUGCCUUGGAUGGACUUAAGCAGGUUAUGGCAGUGAAGAGUCGUGUUGUACUUCCCUACCUUGUUCCUAAGCUAACAAGUCCCCCAGUGAACACUCGUGUGCUUGCGUUCCUUUCAGCAGUGGCAGGUGAUGCUUUGACCAGGCAUCUGAAUGUCAUUCUUCCUGCUGUCAUGUCAGCAUUGAAAGCGCAACUAGGAAAAGAGAACCAGCAAGUGGAACUGGCAAACUGUCAAGCUGUCAUCCUGUCUGUGGAAGAUGAUGUGGGUCAGAGGAUCGUAAUUGAUGAUUUACUGGAAGCCACUCGCAGCUCUGAUGUUGGAAUGCGUCAAGCAGCUGUUAUUAUACUCAAUAUCUACUGCGCAAAAACCAAAGCGGACUACUCGGCACAUCUCAGGAGCUUGAUUUCUGGACUCAUGCGGUUGUUUAAUGACACUAACAGUGUAGUUCUGAAUGAAAGCUGGGAUGCGCUAAAUGCUAUAACUAAAAAAUUAGAUGCUGGAAGCCAGUUGUCACUGAUCGAUGACCUCUAUAGAGAUAUUCGCAUGGUGGGAAACGAUGCUAAAGGAGAGAAUGUGCCUGGAUUCUGUAUCCCAAAAAAGGGUGUAACAUCAAUUCUGCCAGUGCUAAGAGAAGGAGUUCUUACUGGGAACCCAGAUCAGAAAGAAGAGGCCACCAAGGCAUUGGGCUUGGUUAUUAAAUUGACAUCUGCACAAGCUUUGCAGCCUUCUGUGAUUGGAAUCACUGGACCUUUAAUCCGUAUUUUGGGAGAUCGUUUCACCUGGAGCGUAAAAGUGGCUCUUUUGGAAACCCUGAGUCUUCUUCUAGCUAAAGUUGGCAUUGCAUUAAAACCUUUCUUGCCACAACUGCAAACCACUUUUACCAAAGCUCUACAAGACUCAAAUCGUGCUGUACGGCUCAAGGCAGCAGACGCCCUGGGCAAACUUAUUGUUAUCCAUACAAAGGUUGACCCUCUCUUCACAGAACUGCUGAACAUCAUUCGUUUAUGUGAAGAUUCUGGUGUAAGAGAGACCAUGCUUCAAGCUGUACGUUUCAUUAUCCAAGGAGCUGGAGCAAAAAUGGAUGCAGCAAUACGGAAAAACUAUGUGACUAUGUUAAUCGGAAUGUUGGGACAUGAUGAGGAUGCUACACGCAUGGCAUCUGCUGGCUGCCUUGGAGAAAUUAGUGCGUAUCUUCCAGAAGAAGAACUUUCUGCACUUCUGCAGCAGCACCUUCUGGCUGAUUUUACUGGAAUUGACUGGAUGGUUAGGCAUGGGCGAAGCAUGGCUCUUUCUGUGGCCAUAAACGUUGCAGCAAGAAAAUUAUGCACACCAAAAUUCAGCAGUAACGUUGAGUCUACGGUCCACAGCAACGCAACAGCCGAUAGGAUUCCUAUUGCUGUAAGUGGAAUACGAGGAAUUGGUUAUCUUAUAAAAUAUUACAUUGAGGCUGAAAAUGGAAACCUUCCCGCUAAACUGGUAACCUUGUUAGUAAAGUGUCUCCAGAAUCCGUCAAGCGAUAUUAAGUUGAUAGCAGAAAAGAUGAUCUGGUGGGCAAACAAAGACCACUUGCCUCCACUAGACCCUCAAACUAUUAAGCCAAUUCUCAAAGUGCUACUAGACAACACAAAAGACAAAAACACAAGUGUGCGGGCAUACAGUGACCAGGCCAUAGUCAACCUUUUGAAGAUGAGACUAGGCAACAACAUCUUUCAGGAUAUAACAAAGAUACUGGACACUGCUAGCUUAGAGAUGCUGAAUGAAAGCAACCGGAGAUCUCUGAAGAAGCUUGCAGCGCAGCCUGACUCCACUGAACAGAUAGAUGAAACAAUCCUAACGUGAAUAUUGGCUGCAUCAGCACUUCAGCUCUGAACAUCUACUUGAUAUUAAAUGCACUGAUUAUGUAGUGCACAGAAACUAUUGGCUCCCCAAUGAACUAAAUGAAGUUUAAAUUGCUGUUAUCUUGUAAUCCCUUCAAAGAGUUGUUAAAAUACACUUAAAAUCUGUCAUGAAACAUAAUGUGUUCUAAGAAAAUUGGUAUUGGCCAUGGCAAAAUAUAGCAAUGGACUUUUGUGAGUGAGAUGGAGAUUGUCAUGAACGCUGGACCACAUGCCCUGGCAGGGAGACCCUAAUUGUCCAUAUCUAGAUAGAUUCAGAGACCGGGGGGGAAUUUAUCAUUUUAUUUGCACCAGAAUGCCGGUAGGAAAUGUCCCAAACA